UGGUUCGAAACAGUCCAAAGCCUAUUUUUGCGACACCUGUUCAUCAGCUAGGCAGACAAGUUAAAAUGCAGGCUAAAAAUAAAAGUAACAAAUCAGUUACACAAUCAACUUCUCGCACAGUUGACCAUGAAGCAGAGUCUGACACAGUAAACGAGUCACGGAGCGUGAGUUAAUGACUCGUGUUCAUCGGCGGAACACUUACCGUUCCUCGCCGUUUUUAGACGCGUCAAGCGUUACGACAGCCGUCACUGCAGCAGCAGCAGCGCGAGGAUUCACAUGCGCUGAGCCACACGUUAAAACGCGUUCUUCUGGAUAGUUCGUGUCUAUUGGUUAUUCGCGUUUACCUCAAGAAGGCAGCAAGAACUUCUGCCUGGAGCCGAAGGGAUAUUCAACAUGCUUGGGAGGAAGAAGAAACCAGAAACUGUUCAGACUGAACCCAAAGCGUACGAGUCGAAGACCCACGAUCCGCUUCGGAGGCUUGGUGUGCUGGACGAUGAAGAUGUGCGGCUGAUGCUGCAGGGGUCGAAGAUGAUGAAGGUUCGAUCUCAGCGUUGGAGGAAGGACAGGAGCCUGAGGCUUCUGGAGGACUGUGUGACGGUGUGGUGCGAGUCCAGCAAAACCUCCCGCAAAGGCAAAAGACAGCAAACCUUCUGCGUGACGGAGGUGGAGUGUGUGCGGGAGGGCUGCCAGUCGGAGUGUCUGCGACGAAUGGCUGGUCUGGUCCCAGAGACACACUGCUUCACUGUGGUCUUUCGCGGAGCAAGGAAGAGCCUGGAUCUGUGCUGCUCCACACAGGACGAAGCGGAGGGCUGGGUUCGAGGCCUCCGCAUUCUCAAAGACCGCGUCUCCAACAUGAGCCAGAAAGAAAAGCUGGACCAUUGGAUUCGAGGCUAUCUGAGACGUGCGGAUCAGAACCAGGAUGGGAAGAUGAGCUACGACGAGGUGAAACAUCUGCUACAGCUGAUCAACAUUGACCUGAACGAACAGUAUGCACGCACACUCUUUAAGAAGUGUGAUCGCUCGUGUGAUGGGCGACUGGAUCACGUGGAGAUCGAGGAGUUCUGCCGUGAGCUGAUGCGCAGGCCGGAGCUGGACGCUGUGUUCAGGCAUUAUUCUGGUAACGGGUGUGUGCUCACCACCUUGGAGCUGAGGGAUUUUCUCGGGGACCAGGGUGAAGACGCAUCACUGGCCCAUGCGAAGACUCUCAUCCACACCUAUGAGCUCAACGACUGGGCCCGGAAGAAUUUGUUCAUGACCCAGAACGGUUUCACCAUGUACAUGCUCUCGAAAGAGAACGAUGUGUUUAACCCGGAUCAUGCCCACGUGUAUCAGGACAUGAGCAGACCCCUGGCGCACUACUACAUCUCUUCUUCUCAUAAUACGUACCUCACCAAAGACCAGGUGACCAGCGCCAGCAGCACAGAGCCUUACAUCAGAGCUCUGCAUCAGGGCUGUCGCUGUGUUGAGCUAGACUGCUGGGACGGUGAUAAAGGAGAGCCUAUGAUCUUCCACGGACACACACUCACCUCCAAAGUGCUUUUUAAAGAAGUCAUUGAGACCAUCGCUCAGUACGCCUUCAAGACAUCUCCGUAUCCUCUGAUCUUGUCCCUGGAGAAUCACUGCUCAGUGGAGCAGCAGGCAGUCAUGGCCCAGCACCUUCGCUCUAUCCUGGGAAAGAAGCUCCUGAGAAAGCCGCUCAAUGACCUGCCCCUCAAAGACCUGCCCUCACCUGAGGAGCUGAUGGGGCGGAUCCUGCUGAAGGGGAAGAAGUUAGGUGGUCUCCUGGGGAAGAUUGACAGCUGGACUAGCUUCUCAUACAGCUCAGAUGAAGAGUCUACUGCUGGAGGGGGCGGCAACAAAAAGGAAUCCAAAAAGGAUCCUGGGAGGUCUGUGAGCACUAAACUGAGUCCAGAGCUGUCAGAUCUGGUGGUGUAUUGUCAGAGCGUGCCCUUCAGUGGUUUUGAGACAGCCAGCCAGAGACCUCCUGGCAUGAUGUCUUCUUUCUCUGAGAAUGAGGCGCUCAAACUCAUCAAAGACUCAGGGAAGCUGUUUGUUCGACACAACAGUCGGCAGCUGAGCAGGGUUUACCCCUCAGGCCAGAGGUUACAGUCCUCCAACUACGACCCCCAGGACAUGUGGAACGGAGGCUGCCAGAUGGUGGCUCUGAACUUCCAGACCCCAGGAGAGCAGAUGGACCUGAAUCAGGGCCGCUUUCUGCCCAACGGCCGCUGCGGAUACGUGCUCAAACCUGACUUCCUGUGUCACCCAAAGUCCAACUUUGACCCCGAGAACACGGGAGGAGGGCCAGGACAUAUACCCACACAGCUAACAGUACGGGUGAUCUCGGCCCAGCAACUUCCUAAAAUAAACGCAGACAAUCCCAACUCCAUUGUGGACCCACAGGUCUGGGUGGAGAUCCAUGGAGUUUCCAUCGAUAAGGCUCGCGCAAAAACACAGCGUAUUGACAACAAUGGCUUCAACCCUCGCUGGGACUGUACUGUGAGCUUUCAGCUGCAGGUGCCUGAGCUGGCCUUGGUGCGUUUUAUGGUGGAAGAUCACGACUACAAAUCCAAAAAUGAUUUCAUUGGCCAGUUCACUCUCCCAUUCACCAGCUUACGAACAGGUUAUCGUCACGUUCACCUGCUGAAAGCUGACGGCUCCAGUCUGUCUCCUGCCACCCUCUUCAUCCAUAUCAAGGUGGUUCGGCGAGGAGUUCCUAUUAAAACAGUUUCUGAGCGGCUUGGCAAGGCCUGAGGCUUCUGUUGUGAUUCCUGGAAGUAUUUAUUUCUGGAAGUACCUUACUUAAGGAGAAGCCCCUGAGCUGGGCUCUCGAGGUGCUGGGACUCUUCAGAAUGAGACCACUUGAAAAAGCAUGUGAAAUCGGACGUACAAGCACAACAAUCUGCAGAAAGUCAGUGUAGACGUGUGAUUCAAAGUGCAUUUUGCUUUUUUUUUAUUGUUCAUUUGUGGUGUUGUCUGCAGAGCAGAACGUCUAAGCGUGUCACAGAAGUGUUACCGUGGAAGUUAAAAAUGUCAUGAAGUCAGUAUUGUUCGAUGUUACAAGUCAGUGUUGUUUAUAGAGUCUGUUUCCAUUGAGACCGAUUUCUAUUGAGUCUAUGAGCCUUACGAAAAUGUAAUCAAAAUGCCAUAUUUUAAUUGAACUUAAACUAGUCUUUACAUUAAUUGUUUGUACAUGUAGACAGAAAUUAGCUGUCCCUAAUGUUUUUAUAGUUUGAAUCUUUAAUGUUUCUAUAGUUUGAAUUUUGCUGGUGGUUUUUUGAUAUGUUGUAUGCUGACAGCCAGGUGAAGAAAGGGAAAAGAAAGCAAAAAAAAACCCUUUUGAAAGAAUACUGGAAGCAUAGCAAGUAUAUGGAUGGUUUAGUAAGAGUAAUGAUUAUGAAUGAAGUAUGUUUUAAACACCAACUGCGAUUCAGCAGUAUAUUAGUAAUAUGAAGUCAGUAAUUAAGUAAUCAGAGUAGUAAGAUGCUUAUGAAAUGAUAAUAAUAAUAUAUUAAUACAAUUCAUUUGAUAGAAAUAAUACAUUUUAAAUAUUUUUAAACUACGCUACCACUAACAAUGAAAUGUAUUUUUAACCAUGAUUAGGACCGUUUUUAUCAUUUAAAGCUAAAAGCAAGCGCUGAAAUUUUCAGUUUUGUAGGAUGUUCAAAUUUAGUCAAAUUCCAUAACUUCACCUGUGCUACGUUAAUGAAGACACAGGCAACAAUAGCACUUUCCAUUAGAAUCAUAUUCAAGUUGUUGAAUUGUGAAAAUUUGUGAUUAUUGAACUCAUAAAGAUCUAUGUUUCGUAUUAGGCUUGAUAAUUAAUUUAUAGAAGCAGCUGACAUUAUACUAAAUACGUGUUUUAAACGGAGAUAUUAUUUUUCUGUUACACAGUAGACAACACAACAGUCUUGAUUUUAAUGUCUUACUUGUUUAUAGAGUACUGUAUUUGGAUGUUUGUGUAUACCUGCAUAAUUAAUUCGUUUUUAAGUUUUAUUGAAAUAGAUAAUCACUAAUUAAUGAAAUUAAUAUCAAAACUAUUUUUAUGUCAUUAAUAUCAGACAUCAAUUGGAAAUCUUUACACAUUUAAGCAUAGAUACUAAUUAGGUUGGAUAAACAUUUUUGCUUGUUUGGUGAUUUUUGAAAACAUGAAGAUGUGUGAAUCAGUCUCCAUUGUGCAGUUGUGCUCAUUCAUUGUUUUUAUUGAUUCAUGGAAAGAUGUAGUGCCUUUGAAAGCAUGCCUAGAUUUUAUAAAUUCAAAAAAUCUAAUUGUA